CGCGUUAGCACUGUCAACAGAUCCAGCUGAGAGGGAGCAACUGGAGGGAAGCUGGACAGAUGAGGUUUAAAAUUAAUUUUAAAAUGUGCUGGAGCCGGGUUGUUCUUGCCGGCUGGGCUGUCCAGCUGCUGCUGGGUCGGUUCGUCCAGGCGGUUCCGAUAGGAAUCGACAAAACCAAAGUGACAGAGCCAGAGAAACAAACCGAAGAGGUCCCACCGGCCAACGUGGACACUGGACUCCACUAUGACCGCUACCUCAGAGAAGUCAUCGAUUUUCUUGAGAAGGAUCAACAUUUCAGAGAAAAGCUCCACAACACAGACAUGGAAGACAUCAAGCAAGGUAAGCUGGCUAAAGAGCUGGACUUUGUUAGCCAUCACAUCCGAACAAAACUUGAUGAGCUAAAAAGACAGGAAGUGAACCGACUGCGGACCCUGAUCAAAGCCAAGCAAGACUUGGAAGGAGGCAAUGACAUAGCAGUGGACCACCAGGCUCUCCUGAAGCAGUUUGAGCACCUGAACCACAUGAACCCACAUACGUUUGAAGUGGAUGACCUGGAUCGGCUCAUUAAAUCGGCCACACAUGAUCUGGAGAACUAUGACAAAGAAAGACACGAGGACUUCAAGAAGUAUGAAAUGAUGAAGGAGCACGACAGACGGGAGCACCUGAAAACUCUGGAUGAGGAGGAGAGAAAAAAAGAGGAGGAGCACUAUGAAGAGAUGAAGAAGAAACAUGCUGACCAUCCUAAAGUCAACCACCCAGGCAGCCAAAAUCAACUCAAGGAGGUGUGGGAGGAAGCUGAUGGCUUGGACCCUGAAGAUUUUGAUCCAAAGACAUUUUUCAACCUGCAUGAUACUAAUGGAGAUGGCUUUUUUGAUGAGCAGGAGCUUGAGGCAUUGUUCACCAAAGAGCUGGAAAAAAUUUAUGACCCCACCAAUGAAGAGGAUGAUAUGGUAGAAAUGGAGGAAGAAAGGCUGCGCAUGAGAGAGCAUGUUAUGAAUGAGGUGGAUUCUAACAAAGACAGGUUGGUGUCUUUAGAUGAGUUCCUCGUUGCUACAAAGAAAAAAGAAUUUCUGGAGCCAGACAGUUGGGAGACUCUGGAGCAAAACCAGGCUUAUACAGAGGAGGAGAUGAGGGAGUUCGAGGAGCAUCUCACUCAACAAGAGCAGGACCUUAAUCAAAGAGCUGUUGACCUGCAAAAACAGAGAGAUGAGCUGGAGAGACAGCAGGACCAGCUCAAUGCACAAAAAAUGGAACUCCAGCAGGCCGUUCAACAUAUGGAACGACUUAAGUCGCAGAAUGUCGACUCCCUUCCAGAGGUUCACAUUGAAGGAAAUGAUUUCCCAGCGAUGCAUGCAGUUGACAACCAGCAGCAUGCAGAUCCAGGAGCUUAUCUGCCAGGACAUCAAGAUGUCCACACACAACUGGAGCAUCACCAGCAGCAGCCGGAGCAUCACCAGCAGCAGCCGGAGCAACACCAGCAGCAGCCGGAGCAUCACCAGCAGCAGCCGGAGCAUCACCAGCAGCAGCCAGAGCAUCACCAGCAGCAGCCGGAGCAUCACCAGCAGCAGGAGUAUCAUGUACAAAAUCAAGACAUACCUCAGCACAGCCUCCCUCAGACACAUCUGGAUGCACAACCAGCCCAUCAAGAAGUUGCACAUGGCCAGAACCACCUGCCAUAACGGUGCUGUCAAAACAUCACUAGACUUUUGCUGCAGUUCAAGUGCUGCGUGCAGAAGAGAUGUCCCACCUGAUCAGAAGACCACUUUAACCAGCUUUUCAGUUUUUAAACACAGAUUAGAUACCAUACCAUUUUAUUUAUAGAACACUUAAAACAGCUACAAGGCCAACCAAAGUGCUGUACAGACAGAACAACAGGUAACACACGAAGCAAAGAUGGUAAAAGAACAGUGACACAGGAAAUGUUUAAGUAAAACUUGAAUUACUAAAGGGAAUUAGAAUUUUUAAAUGACCCGCUGUAGACAUCAUCUUCUUUUGGCUUUUCCCUCUUCAGG